GCCAGAACAAGCUGGAACUAACCUUAUCUUUUCCGCGCCUUGCCGAUAACGCGGAUAUUACACCUAUAUUAGAUCCCAUGCACUUUAAAAUAGAUAUCUUACUGAAACAAAUCUACAAUUCGAUCAAAUUAGUGCAGCGGGAACCUGCGUCUUAUGGGUUUGUCUAUCCAUCUCGUUCCUGUAAAAAUCAACCCACCUUGGAUACCAGAUUUUCAAGUUGGAAUCUCUUUGAUACCCUUAAAAAAUCGAUCAAAUUCUACUGUGUGAACCGGCGUCUUAUGGUUCGCCACCCCUUAUCCAUCCCAAAAAUUCAACUCACCUUGGCUCUCCAAGUACAUCGUCAAGCUGUAUAGCUUCGUUAUACAUCCGCAGCCAUCAAGUUUUUGUGACGACGCCUUUUUGUACAAGUAGCACCGAAAAAAUGAAACGCCAUCAAGCUAAACAAAUUGGCAACAGCAACGCUAAAGCUAUAACAGACUUAAAAACAGCUCGCGACAAAGUAAGCGAUGCUGCUCAAAAUCUUUUUGAAAGCGGCGAAUUGACAAUUGAAACUGUGAAACAGUUAUCUGAUGUCAUCGCUGACGAGCAAGGUUAUCAGAAAGAACAAGUUGUUGUGUGUGAUAUUGCAGAACUUGAUCAACAUUUGUCUCAAAUAAGUCUCGACCUUUUAAAACAACCGACGUAUGUAAUUUAUCGAAAUGAAAAAACAUUCGUUAUAUUUUGUGUCCUAAAGCUAGAUGAUAAAAUUGUUUGUUUGUAUAAAGAUUUCUGUGAUACUACAGUUUCAGGUACUCUAAAGAAUAUUCUAGAACAACGUACUCGCACGAACGUUGAAUAUAAAGUCCAUGCCGUCACAAACAAUAACGAAGAUACAGCUAUUUUGGCCUUGAAAAUGUUAGAAACCAUCAUGAUUCAGUUAAAAACAGAUACAUGGAUGGAUUUUAUCCAUAACUUUACUAAUUCUAAAAAAACGUUUUUUGAGUGGCUGAAGAUUGGAGUCGGCAAUCUAAAAAACGAGCUAUUCCUCAAAGUGAAGCAUGCAUACUCUGAAGCUUUUACCAGUGCAAUUGAUCAGCUGUCAGCAGACGAAGAAUUCAAGAAAGCAAUAAAAGUGUUCACCGAUAGCAUUCCAUCGAUAGAAGAAAUGGAAGAUGUAAAUAACUAUCAAGUUCUUUUGAAAAAGUUUGCGGACAUCGAAAUAAGCAAAAUCAAUAUCGAUGACAAAGAAGUUCUUGAAUUGCGAAACAAACUGAAGCGUGCACGACAAGCUAUACUCAAAAAGGCUGAAGAAGCGAUGAACACAAAAACAUAUCGAAACGAAAAAGAUGAAACCGAAUUAGAUAUCGUCAAAAAUUUUCCGGAACAAAUGAAAAAAUUUACUAACAUUUUCCAGCUACUAGCAAAGUCUAAAGUAGAUGAUAACUCUGAUAAAGUACUUAAAGAAGUAAGUGAAAAGCUGGGGCUUGAUUAUAAGAAGAUAAAAAGUUACUUCAAGACUACAGUAGAAACAAAACCUGAAGAAAUUGGAGCAGACAGCGUUAGUGGCAUUAAUUGUGUCAUAAAUAACCUGCCAGCUAUGGAAAUUAAAGAUGAUAGUGUCUCGCAUACGACUAAGUCUUUCACGCGGUUGUUAGACGAAACGGCAGUGGAAAAUCCAAACGUAGCAAUUGACGUAUUAAAAAAGAAUCACGGUACGGUGAAGUCAUUUCGCAGAUCAUGGUGCAAAAAAGAAGCUUCGCAAAUAUAUCAAUGGGCAGUCGGUAAAAAAGGAAGCCUCAAAGAAUUUGAAAUGUACGAAGCUUUGGCAGUGAUGGAUAGAGCUAACGAGCUAGCUACUGGAGGGCAUACACUCCGCGAUACUCAAAUUUUGUCUAUUAUAGCUUUCUUACGACAAAAGAACAAAGGUCUGUUAUCUCAAAUUCAAACAGGAGAAGGAAAAACGAACAUCGUCGCAAUACUCUCUGCAAUAUUUGCGCUGCAAGGUAAACAGGUGGACGUUAUAACCAGCAAUCCAGUUCUAGCGUCCGAAGUUGUCAAAGACAAGCGAAAUUUCUACGGCUUAUUAAAUUUGACCGCAUCGACAAAUAACUCGGACGACAGCUAUGAGAGUGGCGCGAGAAAAUGCUACGAAGCUGACGUUGUGUACGGAAGUAUCAACAAUUUUCAGUUUGACUUCUUGAAGGACUCGUUUUUAGGCCUGAAUACGCGCGGAGGCAGACCAUUUGACAAAAUCAUCCUAGAUGAAGUCGACAGUAUGAUAAUUGACAAUGCAAGUCAUAUAGCCAAGCUGUCCAAUCCGUUGCCUGGUAUGGAAAGCUUAAGAUACGUUUAUAUUAAUAUUUGGCUGGCACUGCACAAAGCUGAAAAAAGUAUUGUAGAGCAUUUACAAAAACAACUUAGGUUAAAAGCCCUAGAGGUUUCAGGAAAGCCGAAUGCUCAAAUGUUAUACGAACAAUAUUUGAAUCAAGAAAAACAUUCUAUAUCAGACAGGAUCAAAGAAUAUAUCAGGUCUUCUAAUCCCACGAAAAUUGAUCUUAUUCCCUCACAUCUUAAAGAAUAUGCCGAUAAAUCGUUAGAAAAAUGGAUGAAAAGCGCCAUAGAUGCAAAAUACUACUACGAAGAGGAGGUACAGUACGUUAUAGGAUACAAUGACGGAGAGAGAGUUGUUCAACCUGUGGACUAUUCAAAUACAGGCAUUACAAUGAAAAAUAUGAUGUGGCAAUACGGCCUCCAUCAGUUUUUACAACUGAAGCAUAACUUGCAUUUAACCUCGGAGAGUUUAACAAGCUGCUUCAUUUCCAAUCUGGGUUACAUUAAUAAAUAUGGCGGGAACAUAUUCGGUGUUACCGGUACCUUAGGUUCCGCGGCUGAGCGAGAACUGUUAUCUUCACUAUAUAAUGUGGAAUAUUUGAAAAUUCCCACAUUUAGAGAGAAAAAGUUCACCGAAAUCCAUGGUGAGGUGGUUGAUCCGGAGGAACUUUGUAAGAAAGUAACAAGUGACGCAAUUUCCAUCAUCGAUGAUCGCAGGUCCGCUCUGAUAAUCUGCGAAACGAUAAAACAAGCAAAGGCAAUUCGAGAUGCCUUAAAACGUGAACGAGAUAAUAUCACUAUCCGAACUUUUUUCAAUGAAGAUCACGCUCAUGUUACCGAAGAGCAAGUUGAUAUUGCUGAAGUGAUUAUAGCUACUAAUAUUGCAGGUAGGGGUACCGACCUAAAGACUUCCCCUGAACUUGAUAACAACGGCGGAUUGCAUGUGAUUGUGGCUUUUUUACCUUGCAACAAAAGAGUGGAAGAUCAAGCAUUCGGACGAACAGCUAGACAAGGGAACAGUGGCACUGCCAAAUUAAUAAUGAAAAAAGAUGAGGUUUCGAUAUUGGGUGAUGAUUUUGAAGAAAUAAAGCAGAAGAGAGACUUGAAAGAAAGAGAAAGAAUCAGACAUAUUAAGGAAGUUAGGGUGAGAGACAUUAUUUUCCAGGAUAAACUGUUCGAGCUAUUUUCUGAUUUAUAUACAAAUUUGAAGAAUAGGUAUUUAGAUACAGUGGGCUACAAAUACGUACUAGAUGAUCUGAAAGAGUAUUGGGCAUUUUGGUUAGAACAAAACGACUUCAAUGGAAGGACAUUAAUGGAAAAGAGUCCCGAAAAAGAAUUUAAAAUGUUCGAAUCAAAGGCGCGGGGAAUAAUAGAGGGAAAAAUUCUAUUCAAUCAGUUCUAUGCUAUACAACAAGCCGAGCGUUAUAUUUUGUUAGAUCGAGUAGAAAAUGCUGAGAGCGCUUUGAAUCGAGCUAUUGCUUCGAGCAAGAACCCAGAAAUAUUGUACGGUGCUUACAUGAAACUAUUCGACAUUGCUGUACAUCAAGGCGGGGUAUUUGUGGAUAAAUGUAGAAAGGCUAUAGGGGAUAUUGUCCCUCUACCAAUGCCUGAGCCUGAUAGAAACUACAAGCAAAAGGCUAAGAAAUAUCUAGAAUUAGCUGAAAGCGCAAUCAAAAAAGAGUUAGACUAUAUCGAACACAUUUUAAAAGACGAUGAGCUUCCUAAUAUUAUUAACAACGAGAGCGCAAACGUUAUUAUUAACGACUCAUACUGGUUCAGCGAUGAUGAUAUGCAUAUCAUUGGCGAAACAGUUCUCAAACCCUUUGUGGAAAAUAUUGAAACUCAAUUCCUAAGUAGAUUGACUGACGAUCAAAUCGACACGUUCUGUAAAGACUUUCAGUUAAACCACAACUUACCAGUUUUCAUUUGUUACGACAUAGGUGGCCAGCACUGGAUCGGCAUUUGUAUUCUCAAAACUGCAGAUGGUGUUUCCUUAUUUUAUAAAGAUCCGAAAGGCGACUUCGCAAACAAUCUUAGGCUGGCGAAUACUGAAUUUGGUAAGCGCCUGAAAAACCUAAGCGUCAUUGCUCAUAGUGGAUCUGAACAGAAGGACGGCUGCUCGUGCGCCCCUAUAACACUGGACAAUUUGAGAAUCAUGGCCAAAUCAAUAAAAGAUGUUGGGUUAGAGAAAUUUGUCGAAAACUUCACCACACUGAAGUUUUCCGAACAAAAAGACGUAGCACGUCUAAGAAAUGAAUUUGCCCGUCCUAGAGAAGACAAUAUAAAGGAGAACCUAUUAAUAAAACAUAUCGUUUCACGACAGGUGGCUUUGAAUCUUUAUAUGAAUCAUUCUGCCAGCUUAAAGACACAAAUCGAUGAGCGUACAGGUGGAAUUUCUAUAGCCUGCCGCAUCCCUGACUAUUUUUCUACAUCCGAACGACAAAAUACAAUAGAGGAGUCUGGACUAUCUAAAUUAACUGCAACUGUUAGAAGUGUCGCUAAUAAUCCUAUUCUGAAGAACGUUAUUGGAAUUGCUGCAAACAGCCGUAUCCCGGAUCAUUUCUCCAAAUUCGAGCCGCAAAACGAUGAGGAAAGUAAAAUAAAAAAUGUCGUUGGAAAUUGCGAGUUAUCUGAAUUAGCUGCGACUGGUGCAAAUAUCACGUAUGCUCUUAGACAGGUCCAUGACGUCUGUCCAGGAAUUGUUAACGGUGCACGAAUUCAAAUCAGCGGAGGUAUAGCACUAUUCGCUACCGGAUGUUGCUUUCCACCUGCCCAGAUAGUCACUUCCUCACUUUCCGGUACGAUGAUCACCGAAGGAAUAUGUGACAUUGUCUUCGAAUUGAUCAACAUGAACAGUGACGGGCAGUUCAAUAAACAGGCGUAUGUUAAAAGUAAGGUUAUAAGUUAUGGUAUAUCGCUGCUCACUAUGGGUAUCAAUGCGCUACUUCAAUGUCCUAAGAUCUUGAACGCAGCGAAGAAGGCUUGCCGUUGGAUAUCUACAACUUUACGCAGAUGUCCUUACCUUAAAGGAGUGUGCGAGUAUUUAGCCACCAAGAUUGACCAACUUCAUACGUGGUUUGACAGAAUGGAGGUCUUAACAAAGUUCAGCAAAAUGAGUGACGCUGAAAAGUUGAAAUAUUAUAAAGAAUUGAAGAAAUCUAAAAAUUUGACCGAACUGACGUACCUAGGUAAGAAUUUGCAAGAGAUACGAAUUUUGGAAGAAACAGGUAUUAGGAUUAAUGAAUUGACUCGUUUUGAAAAAUGUCUCUCUUCUUUGCAACAAGUUUCUUCGAGCAUUGCAAGAAAUGUAACGCAGAGAACUGCAGAACAUGUAAUAAUGAAUAAAGUUAUUACUCCAAUGCUGAGUUCUUCGAUGGCAGGAUUGAAGCCAAAAAUUAAAGAGCAAGUUGCAAAAUCUGUAAGAAAAAAUAUAGACAGAGAGAAGAUACGGCGCGCUACCCUCGAUGACGUUCAAAACAUCAUCAAAAAGAUAAAUGAUUCCAUCAAUUUCGAUACUAUAAAAGAUAUUUUCAAAGACACAAUUUUGGGAAUAACGAAGUACUGUAGUGACUAUAGAAUACAAUUAGCAUCGUUGGCAAUUGAUCAGUACCGUUGUUGGGAAGAACUAUACAAUUACGUAGAAAAUCUUUGUAAAAGCAUAAAUAUCAACUUGGGUCAAAGUGAAUUUGAAAAUCAUAAUACCGACGAACUUAUAAAUGAGUUGAUCGAACAAAUAUCGGAGGUUGUGUAUGGAAAAUUAUUAAACGCCAUAACGAAAACGUGUAGAGAUAUUCAUUCUGUAGGAAAAUCAGCGUAUCAAAAUUAUAAAAAAAACGAAGAAGAAAAAGCUAAAUGUUUGAAGAUAAACGAAGCGUUUAGAAAAGGGGGACCAGCUAGUCAGGAACAUGUUAGAGCACUGAGCGAUGUUAUUAAACGACCUAUUCAUAUUUGCGAAAGAAAUGGCAACAAAGUGAUCUUAGGAGAGCAAUAUUCAGGUGAUCCCAUAAUAUUAGAUUACUUUCCGCCAGAUAACAAUAAUGAGACAGGUCACUACGUGCCUCAAGGCAAAUCAGAAAAUUGGUCUUCUAAUGAUAAUAAUGACUGCCUUUUACAUGCUGUAGGUUCAAUUAUCGGCGAAAAUUCCAGCAAACUAAGAGAAUUGAUAAUCAAGCGAAUCGAAGAGGAUCCGACACGCUACAUAGAUAGCAACGCUCGUAAUUUUGUCGAAGAAGAUAUAUUUUUGGAAGGCGGUCAAAGGAAAGGAAAAAGAAAGUCUAAUCCGAUCGGAACAGAUCACUACCCGUCCUAUCUCAACAGAAUCAAAGUGAUUCCUCGUGAAAAAUGUGAACGGAUAUUCGGCCAGAUCGCUGACAAGCUGGACGAUUACAAAAAGCGCGAAGAACGAUUUUCCCAGAAGGGUCAAGCUGAGAAGCUGCGUCAAACGAGAAUCAAUGAAAACGCGCCGCAAUUUUGCAGUACAGAAGACAAAGAAGAAAUGAUGAUGGGCAUACUCAUCGCGAACUUCACCAAUGGCGAUCGAUGUAAGCUGAUGACUGUAUCUGGGUCGGACCAGUUUUCGACAACAGCAACAGUUUCGCACGAUGAGAAUUUGCGAACGACCAAAUCUACGAAACCAGCUUCGUUCAGGAUACACGACAAAGAGUUCGAAUUCGUCGACCCCGGCGAGCCUAAGGGCAACGUGUAUGAUGUGUAUAACAGGCGAGAAACGGAUGUUCCGUACACGAAAAGCUGUGCGGCUCAGAAACUAAUGUACGACUUAGGUGUAAAAAUGAAGAAUAACUCAAACUUGAAAAUAAAGGGUGAGUUAGAGAUGGCGGAAUGCUACUACGUCCCACGUAAGGAUAAAUAUAAAUUGAAUCCAAUUAUCGAAGCAUCGUGCGCGAGGUGUGAGGGGGUAUUGCCGACCGCCACUGGUAAAAGUGGUAAAGGUGAUAACUAAUAAGGGAUGUCUUUUAAGUUUUGCAUAUGGAAAUAAAACGACACGAUAGGUAGUUUUAAAUGACUUUAUUGUUUUUCCACGAAGAUUAAUACACAUCUGCAUGCGCUCAAACCAAUUUUCGAAGCACUUAUUCCACUCGUUUGCUGGCAGAUCCAAAACGGCAUUUUUGAAUGCGUCAACUGCUUCCUCUGGUGACUGGAACCUUUGACCACGCAGUCUGUUUUUAAUUUUCGGGAAAGUAAAGAAAUCGUUACGACUUAGAUCGGGACUAUAUGGAGGAUGGUCCAAUAAUUCCACGUUUUCUUCCGUUAACUACUGCCUUAGUUUUAUUUAAGCUUUAAAUCAUUAAAUCUUCAUUAUCUUAUCUUCAUCAUCCAAUUACAGAAAAAAAAACAAUAUUUUGUGAAGCCACUCUGCAGUCCUGUAAGCAGUGCAAUAACUUUGAGAUCGACACAGAUAUUCCACUUCAUAUUUUAUGCUUUGGAGUAAAUAUUAGGCGAUGUUCUGGUAUGUUUCUUUCAUAUUUACAGCAUGUAUCAUGUUUUGAGAUGGCCAUCUUCACUGAGACAGGGCUCGUAUAGUCCGGUCACUGCAAAAACCAGAUAAAAGUUUCUAGUAAUCGGCAUUUAUAUAUUUAGCAACACUAUAGUGUAUUUACACCCAAGAUAGAAUGGAUGCGUGAUUGCCAAAAGCAAGGACGGCGUACAAAUACACUUAACAACAACAACAACAGCAACAACCGAGCAAGGUGAAUACGAAAACACGAGCACGCAGUGAUACACGCGACGGACGGUGGCCUGAGUGCAACUCUGCCUGCCCUGCCCCUGCCCCGCGCAUUAUUCCGCCAGGCGACCGCUUGAAAUUUAAUGGCGAAUUGACCAAUAAGAGGCGUUGUCCCCACCUGUUACCGAGAGAUCACGCGCUAACUGUUAGUAUUUACAUACAUCUCAUCUUGAAUUUGGAUUCAGUUUAGAUACAUCUGGUCGGGGCGUUAGACUUGCGUGGAAGUUUCCUUUAAGUCCAGAAUUAGAAUAUACUAAAACAUAGACUAAACAAUUAUAUCCGUAGAAGGUUUGAGUGUAAAAAGAGUAAAAAAUGGAGCUACGUUAUUUUCGCAAUAAACUGAUGAUAUAAGCAAUUUAAAAACGAUCCAUAUUCAACAGUUCUUGAGCAAUAACUUUCUUAUUAAUUUAUUGAUUGACAUCAACCUGGUCUCAGAUGGUCAUUAAUAAAAGCUACAUGCCUCAUCACUAUUUUAAGGCUCAGUUCAAAAAAUAACAGCGAGAAACUGCUUUUGGCCAUAUUUUAUUACUAUUUUAACAAAAACCGCAAACAAUAACUAUUGCAUAUCGGUGCAUAACUCUAAAACCUCCUCUAUCAUGUUUCUAAAUGAUUUAUUUACAUCUCAAAAAAUAAAUCUUGUAACUAUAAAAUGUUUCCAUAAUACACAUACAAGGAAAUGUUUGAAAGAAUGAAAAUAAUGUCUCCAUUAAUCUUUCAUAAGCUCAAACAUUUCAUUUGUUCCUCACAACAUAAAUGAGUGGUGGAAUGUAUUACAGGCUUUAUUAAUUGUAGAAACAUAUUAUACGAUUUGCGAAGCUAUUUUGAAUAUUUGUUGUAUGUUUACCCCUUGAAUAAUAUUCAUUAUACUUGAAAUAUGUUUUCGCUUGUACAUACGAGCCCCUUCCCACUUCAGUUGGCCCACUUCAAGAUUUGUACCAAAAUAU